UUUUCUUUUUUUUUUCUUCUUAGGUUUUUUCUUCCACUUCCGCCCAGCUGUCGAGUACGUCCGAGAUACGCGACAAUUGAAGAAUGCAUAGAUCAAAGCGCCUUUCCCUUGCCCCAAUAUAGGCUGGAAUCAUGAGAGUUGCGAUACGGGAACAGUUGGCGGCCCUCGUGCUGCUUGCUGUACUCGUCGCACUCGCCAUCGUCUCCAUUCCAACUUGGAUUUAUGUGAACCGGUUUGUGAUUGGAGUAACGACCGAUGGUCUCGCCUUAACUGCAUCUCUCAAGGCUGCCCAGGUUUCUUCAGAGAUAGAAUUGAUACAGACAACUUGUAAUAACAUAGCCACAAGAUUGCUGUUGCAAGAUGUUAUCGAGUCCUUCUAUCGCGGCAAUGAUUCCGAAUAUUUGUGGAAUCAAGCUUCCGCCGAUAUCAGGACUGCUCUGAAUUCUCACACCACCAGGAACAAUUUCCUGCAAGCAAGACUCUACUCCCGAAACCAAACAGGCGCCGAUCGUCCCGACGGCCUUCUCAGUGUUACCGGCACCGACAUCCCCGAGAUUAGAUUGCCUUACCUCACUGAUAAUGGGUCACAAGCUAUCCUCGGUGAUACUUCCUCUGGUUAUCCUGCCGCUUUAUACCCAAAUAUUACCUAUUACAACUCCACAGAUCCCGAUCCAGCUUAUCCGAACCACACCAAAGUCAUCGCUAGACCGUUUCCCGAUAUCCGAAUCGACUCAAGUGUGGAUGGACUUGUCCUGGGACCAUUGGUAGUUAAUAGUUCCUACGCACUGCUAUCUUUAACCAUACCAAUGCGCCAAAAUGGACGUGAUGAUUUAAUACUUGGGUACAUGACCAUCGUUGCCGAGGCCACAGCCCUCGUCACUAUUGCAAAAUCUAGGGAAGGUGUUGGAAGUACUGGCGCUACGUUGAUAAUCGGACCUUCAACUGGGUGGAAUCGCUUCAGCAAGUACAACCUACCAGCGAACGCGAGCCACCCGGCAGCAGCAAAUUUCUCGGAUGUCCAGGUCAAUUUUGUUCUGCCACCACUGCCCAUGCCCGGCCAGUCAGAUAGACACACACUGCAUAACUAUGCUUCCGGCAACUACGACGAACCCUUUAACGUUUCCCGGUACGACGCAGCAUUUAGGGCUUUCACCAUCCGGAACGCUGCUGUGAAUAAUGCUAGCAGUUUACUAUCCACUAGAAAUGAACAGGGAGUCUCCGUCUCCGUCGGCUAUGCUCGCCCGCAAACCUCAUUGGUGAACUGGACGAUUAUUGUCGAACAGGAUAGGGCUGAAGCGAAUAUCCCGAUCGACACCCUUCAACAUAUUCUCCUCGGGUGUGUUUUUGGAACCGUAGGGCUCAUCUUGCUAUUGGUGAUACCUUGUGCUCAUCUAAGCGUCAUGCCGAUUAGGAGAUUGAAAUCCGCAACUGAGAAAUCCAUUGCACCCCCUGGGUACGCUGAAUCCUACAUAGAUGACCUAGAUUACGACGAAGACGAGGACCAUCCUGGAUCGAGCGAUGCAAGUCGGAAAUCUAACAACGGGAAGCUGAUUCGGAUGAAGAGGUUCAUUCGAAGGCAUACGCGAACCAGGGUUUCAGCUUCAGUACACGACAGUGAGCAGAGGAGACGAAUUUUCAAGAUCCCCAAGAGAGUCAACGACCGAAAACACUACGUAACCGACGAGCUUACGGAGUUGACCCAGACCUUCAAUGAGAUGAGCGAUGAAUUACUGAGGCAAUACACCUCUUUGGAAGAGAAAGUAGCGCAGAGGACACGCGAGCUGGAAAUUAGCAAGAAGGCAGCUGAGGCCGCUAACGAGAGCAAAACGUUGUUCAUUGCCAACAUAUCUCACGAGCUUAAAACCCCUCUGAACGGAAUCUUGGGCAUGUGUGCUAUCUGCAUGGAGGAAGAUAGCUUGCCCCGGAUCAAGCAGUCCUUGAAGGUUCUUUACAAGUCUGGUGAUUUGCUAUUACACCUUCUCGAAGACUUGCUUAGUUUCUCGAAGAACCAGAUUGGUCAACAAGUGAGCCUAGAGGAAAGGGAAUUUCGAUUCGGAGAUAUUCGGUCGCAAGUGGUGACCAUUUUUGACAAACAAGUGCGUGAAGGUUCGAUUGAGUUUUCCGUCGCUUUCUUAAGCACCGACAACGGCACUGUUGAGCUCGAACAUGCAGAUGUAGACGAAAAGCUUCCGGCAAUCGGCCCUCUCGGCACUGGUAGACUGAAAGAUAUGUGUCUAUGGGGUGAUCAGCACCGAAUCCUACAAGUUCUCAUCAACCUCGUGAGCAACAGUUUGAAAUUUACGCCAGCCGGAGGAAAGGUAGCUGUCAGGAUAAAAUGCCUACGCGAGAUCGAAUCGAACAUGGACGAGAGUCGAACCUCCUCAUUAUCAAAGAGCGGUUCCAAUCGCGUAGGUAGAGGUAGGCAUAGAAUGGGAUCAGGUUCGAACAAGUCUAAAACCUCGAAUGAAAUACCGUCUCCCCCGGCUCAUUUCAUGGGAGCGGGCACAGCCUUAUCCAUCAACCCCAUGGAUCCCAAAGCCAUACCUCAUAUACGCAUACGUGAGAGAUCACCAACGCCUCCUCCGCCCAGUGCCAAAUCAUUCUUGUUCGAAUUCGAAGUUCAGGAUACCGGCCCCGGCAUCCCCGAGCAUAUGCAGCAGCGUGUCUUCGAACCGUUCGUCCAAGGUGACCUCGGUCUUAGCAAGAAGUUUGGUGGGACUGGUUUGGGUCUGAGUAUCUGCCAGCAAUUGGCGACUCUGAUGGGAGGGAGUAUCUCGCUAAGGAGCACCGUUGGUGUUGGGACAACCUUCAUUAUGCAGAUUCCUCUCAAGUACACCAAGGACAGGGCUUCAAGCACUGCCUCCAGCAGCAUUAAUUCCCGCGCGCCCAGCAUUACUAGCUCGCUGGAAGGCGAUAACCGCCAAAACUCUCUAACAUUGUCACAAGCUACAGCGGAGGCCGAGGCUAAAGCCAGCGUACUUGAUCAGCAACCACGCCUUGUUGGUUUAAGACAACCGUUCUUUGCCGCUAUCCCUGUUACCAAAUCAAAUCCAACUCCGGACGACCAGAUGAAAACCAUAGAGAGGGUCAAGGCCAAUAAAGGAGAAGGAAAGCUACGAGUUCUCGUCGCGGAAGAUAAUCCCACCAACGUCGAAGUUGUUAGUCGGAUGUUGAAGUUGGAAGACGUUUACGAUGUAACGAUCGCAAAAGACGGACAGGAGGCAUAUGAAUUAGUGAAGACGAAUAUGGAGAACAACCUUCUCUUUGACCUGAUUUUCAUGGACGUCCAGAUGCCUAAUCUUGACGGUCUACAGAGCACCCGUCUCAUUCGGAAAAUGGGAUAUUCGGCCCCGAUUGUCGCUCUCACGGCUUUCUCGGAGGAAAGCAAUAUUAAAGACUGCAUGGAGUCCGGCAUGAACGAAUUUCUUAGCAAACCUAUCCGACGGCCGGCUCUCAAGCAGGUACUCAAGAAAUUUGCUACUAUUUUGGAAGAACCAGAAACUGCAUCGCAACUCACUAGAAAAAGCACUCCUGAUAAGGCUGAGCAGGUGGGGGAGGAUCAGCCCCAGAAUCAGGACACGGAUUCCACACCAAGAAAUGAAGGCAAGGAACACGGACUUUCGAAUGGGACUCAUACACAAACAUAUACGGUGCAAUGAUUUCCCACUUAAAUUCAUCAUCGUAUGAAGCGUUUACCGCCUACCAGUUAUGACACACACCGAUAUUCUACGAUAUAAACCCCUCAAUAUUUCUGAGCACAUCUGAGUUGGCUGUUAUUUAGCAUUUGCCUCUUGGCGGGGGGGCCUGAUCAUCUUAGUCUGGGGACUUUUAUUUUCAACCACAAUAUGGUUUUUGUUGUUUCUUGGCGGCGUUGAAUCUGGAAGGGCUUACAAAAAGGAGGGCCUGGGAUGGAUUGAAUUAAAAAGAGUGGGAGUUUGACUUCCCCAAAAUCCGAAUGGCGAAUGCGUUUGGAUUGUAGGAUUUGAACCUACGGUAACAUAUUUGCUGUCCCCUUUUCUUAAGCUUCUUCUUUCUUUUUGUUUGGGAAGGGGAUAAAUAUCAUGGGAGGCAAUCGGGAAUCCUCUGGUUCACAUAUCUGGCGCUGUCAUGCGUUUGUAAUCCACAUCAUCUAUAUGUGGUUUUGGGAUUUGGAGAGGCGGGGAAUUUAACGUCUUUUGGGGCUCCGCAUACAAAUUCAUAAGGUAAAGGGGUAAACUAGAAAUGUCAAUGGAGGAUAAUAAGUUGGCGGAGGAACGAAUACGAAUCUACUACUGAAUACAUAAUCAUUAAGCUGUGAUCAAUCAGCCGAGCCAACUUGAGCUCAACUAUUCGACAGUUACAUUUUUUGACACUAUAUCAAAGCCUGUGAAAAUUCUAUACUUUGUGUAGAUAUUUU